AUGAUGUGCAGGCUAUCGUUGUAUUUUAUCCUGCUCAUAAUUAUCCAAGUCGCAGUCAGUGAACUCGAUCAACUGGCCAAAGUCUACGACAAUGUGGUGGACCGGGAAACGGCAGAAUGGUUGCACCAAGAGUGUCUUCAAGUGGAACGUGACCACAAAGACAUUGGUUUUCGAUUCCCUCUCGACAAUCCUUCUAAAUACCAUCCCGUGGAACAAUUCUUGAACCAGUUGCUUUUGGAAUUGUACCCCAAGACGAAUAGUGGUGAUCAUCCAUUGUAUUUUGUGGAAUACUGGUCUCGCAGCAAAUGGAUGCUCAUUAUGAGCCAUGCAGACAUGGACGAAGAACAUCACGAGAAACUCAUGUUCAGUGGUGCCACUGGUUUUGGAAAAAAUUCCCUAAGACAUCCCGAAAUUGGACACGUCUUGUAUCUCAAGGUCGGCCGUAAUGUGCGUGGACCUACCGUCGUGUGGAAUGUGACCCGAGGUGGUGAUUUUGCGGAUGGUCAAGAGAAUGAAAUGGUCAUUGUACCGGCCGUAGAGGGCCGUUUGACGCGGUUUCAAGGAGACAAACUUCAUGGGGUUCCACGGCCGGGCGAUGUCUAUUGGACGGUCCAACAGGAUGGGAAUCAACACGAACCAGAAGACUUGUGGAUGCGAUCCGUCUUGCUCUUUAACUUGUGGCCAGUCAGCAAGGGAAAGCCUGGUAUUGUCAUAUCUGAAGCCAAUGAUAAAGAAAAAAAACCAACAUCUCAGUCUUGCAAUAACAUGCAAGAGUGGAAGAUUGUGGAACAUACUCCGCUCGCCUCGGAUCCAUCCGAGGAGGCUCGAACAAAGUUCAAAAUGCCCCUCAUGGGAGAUGUAGAACGACGAGGGACCGAAAAAAUUGUGGCCAAACUAGAGUCUCAGUCCAAUAUCAAAGCUGCCAUGAUGGAAGAAUCGAAAGUGACGAGUUCGAUAGUCACUGGAGAACGAAGAAAGGCUUGGUUUUCAUUCAUGGGGAUUGAAUUUUGA